GCGCAACCGUACAUACUGACACACUGCAAGCCCUGUCACAAUUGAAAACUUAUAAAACUAUCAUUUCCAACCACCUUUCAUUUGUGUCUUCCAUCUGUCUUCUUAUCCGGAACCUUUUUAGAAUUUUUGGCUGAAGAUGUUCAGACGCAGUCGAUACUCGAUCUUUCUAGCGUUUUUGAUCGUGAUCCAUAUUUUCAUCAUAGCCUACAUAAACGAUGUGCUGGUCGAACUGAUGGUACCCAAGGUACUCUCCACCGCUGCCGCCAAGCCGGUGUCACUCCACCAGCGGGUGUUGAAUCGCUUUGAAAAUGACGUUUUGGUACCUUUCCGCAACAGCCGUCUCAAACCCACCGAUCCUAUGGCCAAACUCAUACCACACUUGGACAGAAACCACCGCCCAGGGGCUACCGCCGUGCAGGUGCCAGAGGCAUACAUGGAAGAGCCAGGCCCUCCCGUGGCCGCCUAUGAUCCCCGGAUCACCUUUGCUACCAUCCUCAAGCACUUGGUGGACCUGCUCGCGGCUGGCGGUGACACUCCCACCACCCCCGCCGCCGGCCUCGCCCUGCUCCAGGACCUCUCGGUACCAUUUUUUCACUGGGCCGACUACGCCAAUCUCCUGAUUUUACAUCAAUAUCAGGUGUCACCCGUGGCCCAGAAACCCACCUGUCAGGCUCUCACCACCACCACCAACAACAAGCUUCGUGACAAGAGACUCGAGAUCUUUGAGGUGGAAACCUUCUGUGUGGACGAUGCCGCCCUCCAGACGUUUAUCGACAACGAGUAUAUUCCAACGUGGACUCGCCACCGGGCCCAGCAGAUCCAGGACCUUGGCCCGCAGUACCUGGCGGGGCUCCACGUCCACCGCUACGGCGGCCGAAGCACCAAGGAUAACAAGAUUUUGCACUCCAAACUGUUUCUCCACGAUUUCAUGCCCACGCCUUACCUGAUGGUAUUGCUUCUCCCGGUCGAUACCAACAACGUGGGUGGCGACGGCCAAUUGGCCAACGCUCUCCAGGUGGGUGUCAACCAGGAACCCAACGGAUGGAAGCGGUUGGUCGAUACAAACCUGUUUAGGCAAUUGGGAUCCGCUGAUGGUGAUGCCAGCAUCGAUGUGCACUCACAAUUGCAGCAAUUGAUUCGCCUCCUCGAUACCAACCCUGGCUACCAGGAAGUCAAACACAACAACUCGCAGAUACCAUACCAGAAACCAUUAGCCCACGAGAUGUUUGUGGACCCCACACAAGACAUUUAUGAUGCCAUGUCCGUCUCCGACACCGAACUCAACAUCCACGACUGGCACUACCGCCAUGCGUUGCACACAUCGUUGACAUCUCCAUACCCGUUCAAAUACUUUUUCGAGGCCAAGAUGUUGAAGAAGGACCGCAACUGGGAGUUGGGUGGGCACUAUGACUGGAGGUUUUUUGGUGGCAUCAUCAAUUAUACCGACAGACAGGGCCCGGUGCUCCACUCGUUGAUCAACGGGUGGUUCCGCUUUGUUAACUCCUACAAGAUCAACACAUGGAUUGCCCACGGAUCGUUGCUCAGCUGGUUCUGGAACGGUGUCACCUUUCCGUGGGACAUUGACUUUGACGUGCAGAUGCCCAUCACCGAGUUGCAUACCGUGUGCCGUCGGUUCAACCAGUCGUUGGUGAUGGACUUGGGUCUUCAGGACCAGGUGCUGGAGGUGCGCUACGGCCGGUUUUUCCUUGACUGCGGUACCUUUAUUGGCACCCGUAACAAUAUGAACGGCCACAACAAUAUCGAUGCGCGGUUUAUUGAUGUAGAUACCGGCCUCUACAUUGAUAUUACCGGCUUGGCCUUGACCGAUACGCCUGCUCCUCGCCGGUAUGACCAGAUGCUUCCCGAGCACAUGCGUCGGACCUCCGGUGACCAUUCUAUCGGCGAGAAAACCCGAAAUGAGUACUUGCAAGUUUACAACUGCAAAAAUAAGCAUUUCUUAUCAUUGAACUCCAUAAGCCCGUUGCGGCUCACGGCCUUCGAAGGCCAGUUAAACUAUAUCCCUAAUGACUACCGAACCAUUCUUAUUAAUGAGUAUAAGCAGCUGGGAAUUGAGGCCAGAAAGUUCAAAACCCACUCAUUUUUGCCGAAACUCGAGCUCUGGGACCUCACCAAGGACCUCAUAAAAUUCGUGAAAGCAAAGUAUCCAGGGCGCACAUCACUUCGAAAGUACAGGGCCGGCACUCCGGCCGGUAAUAUGGCCUCCAAGGCAGUUAUAGAUGAAGAGUUCUCCAGUGACACCGAUUACUUACUGUAUCUCUGGUCCAAACCGGACGCUCUUUUCGAGUACUUGGUGAUCAACGAUGUGACCGACCUCCACCGCCAGGAAAUGGACUUGUAUACGACUGGCCACUCCACCAAGCCUAUGUUCUUUGACGGAGACCUUCUCACUAAGCGUACCAGUCCUUUACGUCACGAUUUAUUUAACUUUGAGCAGUUAUUUGGUGGCUACCGGUUCCAGCACAGCUUGCAAGCAGUCCAACAGGUGGUGGAAGCUGCGACUUCCAAGACAGUUAAUAAUGACGACCUGGUAGAUGAGCAAUCGGAAUCGGAGUCGGAAUCGGAGUCGGAAGUUCUUCCAAAACCGGUGGUAGAUGCCAUCGAGGAGUUGGAUCUUACUAAAGAAGAAGGUACAGUAGUGGAGGUGAAGGUGGUGGAAGAGGCACCUCCGGUGGGAGAUCCGGUGGUGGAAGCACAAACAGAUGAGCAUCUCUCCGACCCGAAUCAGAAACGACCAUUCUCCCAUGACUCCAGUACUUAGGUUAUAUGUAUAUAGAUGUGGGGGCGGACACGCCCUCGACCCCAAUACACGUGAGACGACAAGAGUUUUCGUGCGCCUCCCAA